CUCACCAAAAACACACACUGCAAACAGAUUUUCACAACAGUUUCCCAAAACCCAGUAACGGAAAUUCGGGUUUCCAAUUUCGUAUUACAGCGAAGAAUUCAUUUCAUCGAUGGCGUUUUCCAUAUCCUCUUCGCCCGCAGCCGUUCAUAGCCCUUCUCCAUCUUCCUCUUUCGAGCAGCCCAGAGCUGCGCAAUUCGGCGCGUUUCAGCCGUUGGAUAGGUCUAACCUUCCACCAGCGUCGGUGAGCCUUUCACGGCGUUGCGCCGCCGUGAAGCCUUUGAACGCGGAGCCCAAGAGGAGUGAUUCGAUCGUUCCGUCGGCUUCGACCUUGGCUGCUCCUGAGGUGGUAGAGAAAGUGGAGGUAGAAGAGGACUUCGAGAAAUUGGCGGAGGAGCUCCAAAAUGCUUCUCCUCUUGAGAUUAUGGAUAAGGCCCUCGAGAAAUUCGGAAAUGAUAUUGCUAUCGCGUUUAGUGGGGCUGAAGAUGUGGCUUUGAUUGAAUAUGCACACUUAACAGGACGGCCGUACAGGGUUUUCAGCCUUGAUACAGGGAGAUUGAAUCCGGAGACAUAUAAAUUCUUCGAUGAAGUCGAGAAGAAGUAUGGGAUUCGUAUCGAAUACAUGUUUCCAGAUGCUCUUGAGGUUCAAGCUUUGGUUAGAAGCAAGGGCCUCUUCUCCUUCUAUGAAGAUGGCCAUCAAGAGUGCUGCCGCGUGAGGAAGGUGAGGCCGUUGAGGCGGGCCCUCAAGGGGCUCCGGGCAUGGAUAACGGGCCAGCGAAAGGAUCAGUCUCCAGGAACUCGAUCAGAAGUGCCCGUUGUCCAAGUUGAUCCUGUCUUCGAGGGUUUGGAUGGUGGAGUCGGGAGCUUGGUGAAGUGGAAUCCGGUGGCGAAUGUGAAGGGCAACGAUGUUUGGAACUUCCUCCGAGCAAUGAAUGUGCCCGUGAACUCGCUGCACGCUCAGGGUUACAUCUCGAUCGGAUGUGAGCCGUGCACGAGGGCGGUCCUGCCUGGGCAGCACGAGCGUGAGGGACGGUGGUGGUGGGAGGAUGCCAAGGCCAAGGAGUGCGGCCUGCACAAGGGCAACAUCAAGGAGGAGAAUUCGAAUGUCCAAGCAAACGGGACUGCCCCGGCUGCCGCAGAUCUCUUCACCACUGAGAACGUAGUGAGCUUGAGCCGGCAGGGAAUCGACAACUUGCUGAAGCUGGAAAACAGGCAGGAGCCGUGGCUUGUCGUGCUGUAUGCCCCUUGGUGCCAGUUUUGUCAGGCGAUGGAGGGAUCUUACGUGGAGUUGGCCGAGGCGCUGGCGGGGUUGGGUGUGAAGGUGGCGAAGUUCAGAGCAGACGGGGAGGAGAAGGCCUUUGCGCAGCAGCAGCUGCAGCUGGGAAGCUUCCCUACUAUAGUCUUCUUCCCCAAGCGUUCUCUGCGUCCCAUUAAGUAUCCAUCGGAGAACAGAGACGUGGCGUCGUUAAUGGCGUUCGUGAAUGCCCUCCAAUAAUGCAUCUGCAAUGAAAAGUAUAUAGAUGGGUUGUGAUUGUGAAGUGGUUCCUAAUCGGACAGGGGAUUUGGGAUUUGGGAUUUGGGAUUUGGAUGGACUUGGUAGCUAUGGUGUAUAAUUUUGUAGCUUUCUUAUCUCCCCCUCGCUUUUGUAUCGUUUCAAUGUCUCAAUUUUGUAAGCUUUGAUGGCGCCCAUGUUAAAUGAUCGUUCGACGUGGAUAAAAGAUUUCGUGUUUUCUUGA